AUUUAAUUCUGUAUAUUUAAAUCAUACAUUUAAAAAAUGGCAACAGCAAUUAAAGAACGCACGAUUCCUGCCAUGGAUACACUGGUUAAAUAUGAUACCCCAGUCUUGAUUACGACUCAUCCAGAGAAGGUACGUAAAGACAUAUCGAUACCAAAAGUCGGCAUUGCCGUUUGUAAAGUUCAAACGACUACAACCUCAGCUGAGAUACGACGAGAAACUAUGGAAAUCUUAAAUAGAAUCCUGCCGCCAAAAGAAUGGGAAGAGGACGGUCAAAUAUGGACACAACGUGUUUCGAGUACUCCCGCAACAAGAUUGGAUGUGAUAAAUUUACAGGAGCAACUCGAUAUGCGAUUACAACAAAGACAGGCUCGAGAAACCGGCAUUUGUCCCGUUCGUAGGCAACUUUAUACGCAAUGUUUCGAUGAGUUAAUAAGGCAAGUAACAGUAAAUUGCGCCGAACGUGGAUUACUUUUAUUAAGAGUAAGAGACGAAAUUAAAAUGACAUUGGCCGCAUAUCAAACGUUAUAUCAAAGCAGCAUUGCUUUCGGGAUGCGUAAAGCAUUGCAAGCCGAACAAGGCAAAGAAAAUUUAAUUAAUACAGCCGAAGAAUUACGAUUGCAAAAAGUUGAAUUAGAGAAAAUGAUUGCGGAAUUAAGACUCAAGUUUGAUCAAGCUGAGAAAAGAUCGGCCGAAUUAAGGGAAGCGGAGGAAAAGAAACAUAUGGAAGAAGUACAGUUUCUUAAAAAAACAAAUAUGCAAUUAAAGACUCAGUUGGAAGGUAUUAUAGCACCGAAAAAAUAAAAACCUCAAAUGUAAAAAAAAAACUUCUAUUAAGAACGUGUAUAAAAUGUAGCUAUAAUUUAUAUUUAAACAGGAAUGAAAGGUUUACGUGAAAGUCAAAUAAAU